UUACUGUCAAAAAAUAAAACAUCGUCGGCGUUUUUCUAAAAAUUGUAGAAUUUACCAGUGUAAUUUUAAUAAAUCAGUGAAAAAGCUUGCAAAUAUUGUGCGAAUUCAACAGAAAAAGUGUUUUCCUAUUAAAAGGCAAAAGCUUCAAUGUGUAUUAUAAAAAAUUAAAAUGCCACCAACCAUAAAUAGUGCCGCCGCUCCAACUGAAAAAAGGCCACCAAGACAAACCGAAAGAAAAUCGGAAAUUAUAUGUCGCGUUAAAUAUGGCAAUAAUUUACCCGAUAUACCGUUCGAUUUGAAAUUUCUUCAGUAUCCCUUUGGUAGCCAUCGUUUCGUACAGUAUAACCCCACUUCGUUGGAACGCAAUUACAAAUAUGAAGUAUUAACCGAACAUGAUCUGGGCGUUACCAUUGAUUUAAUUAAUCGUGAUCUUUAUCAAGCCGACCCGUAUGCACAACUUGAUCCGGCGGAUGAGAAACUUCUGGAAGAAGAUGUUCACACACCACACGAUUCAGUGCGUUCGAAACAGCAUUCUCGCAGUGUAUCCUGGUUGCGUAAAUCGGAAUAUAUUUCCACCGAACAGACACGUUUCCAACCUCAGAACUUGGAGCAAAUUGAAGCCAAAGUGGGUUAUAAUGUCAAGAAAUCGUUGCGUGAGGAAACUCUCUACUUGGAUCGUGAUGCCCAAAUUAAGGCCAUUGAGAAAACAUUUGAAGAUUCUAAGAACGAAAUUACCAAACAUUACUCCAAACCCAAUGUGGUGCCCGUGGAAAUAUUUCCCGUGUAUCCCGAUUUCAAAAACUGGAAAUAUCCUUGUGCUCAAGUUAUAUUUGACAGUGAUCCCGCACCAGCUGGCAAAAAUGUACCCGCUCAAUUGGAAGAAAUGUCUCAGGCUAUGAUUCGUGGUGUGAUGGACGAAAGUGGUGAACAAUUUGUCGCCUACUUCUUGCCCACUGAGGGUACUUUGGAAAAGAGACGUAUUGAUUUUGCCGAUCAAGUGCUCUACAAGGAUGACGAAGACUAUGAGUAUAAAAUUGCUCGUGAAUACAAUUGGAAUGUUAAGAGCAAAGCUUCGAAGGGCUACGAAGAAAACUACUUCUUUGUUAUGCGUCACGAUGGUGUCUACUACAAUGAGCUGGAGACACGUGUGCGUCUUAAUAAGAGACGUAUGAAGGUGGGUCAACAACCCAGCAAUACUAAAUUGGUUGUUAAACAUCGUCCCUUGGAUGCUAAUGAGCAUCGUAUGCAACGUUAUCGUGAACGUCAAUUGGAACCUGCUGGCGAUGAGGAUGAUGAAGAAGAAAUGGAAAUUGAGGAGGAAGAAGAUGAUAUACCACAAACUGUGCAACCACAACAACAGCAAACAGAACAAGAUGAGGCCAGUAAAGAUGAAGAGCAAACGCAACGUGAGCGUAAAUCACGUUCUAGAUCUAAAUCUCAUGCCAAGUCGCAAUCAAGAUCUCGUUCACGUUCUGGUUCUGCUUCCGGUUCUGGCUCGGAUAGAUCUGGAUCUGCUUCGGGCGGCUCCAGAGCCUCUUCACGCUCUCGUUCCCGUUCUCGUUCCAAAUCAAAAUCACGCAGUCGUUCUCGUUCAAAAUCUGGCUCACGUUCUCGUUCACGUUCUGCUUCUGGAUCACGUUCACGAUCCGGUUCUCGCUCUCGUUCUGGCACUAAAUCACCCUCCAAAUCACGUUCUGCAUCACCUGCGGGCUCACAAAAAUCCGGCUCACGUUCUCGCUCUAAUUCGCGUUCUUCUCGUUCAAAAUCACGCUCAAGAUCCCGUUCUAAAAGCGGUUCUCGCUCCCGUUCUCGUUCACGUAGCGCUUCUGGUUCCCGUUCACCUUCACGUUCACGCAGUAAUACACCAAGCGGUUCUGGCAGUGGCACUGCUUCUGGUAGCGGUUCAGAAGCCGAAGAUUAAACUACCAGCAUAAAAUCAAGGUAUUUGUUUUAAUGUAUGAGAAAGAUAAUGAAAUGAUUUUUAUUUACACAUAAAUUUAAUUGAGAAAAAUUGAUUCUUAAAAAAAUAAACUAUUGACAAAAUGUA